AUGCAAGAACGAAUCAGAAAAUAUGAAAACGAUAUAUUAAAAGCCAACCUGGCUGCUACAGACAACCUACCGACAAGAGAUACAGAUUCAGAUAUUGAAGAUAUCGAUGGGUUGUUGGAGGAGCUUGAGAAUGAAGAAGAUGAUUUCUUGAGCAGAUAUAGAGAGCAAAGGAUGGACGAAAUAUCAAGACACCUGAAAGAAGUGGAAAGGAAUGUACAGGAGGAUAAUUAUGGGAUCGUGGAAUUGAUGACGGAUGAAUCCGAACUGAUCGAGAGAAGCACAAAUACGGCCAGAAUCAUCAUACAUUUCCAAUUGGAGCAUUUCGAGAAAUGUAGGAUCAUGAAUGAUAGACUAGAUGAGCUAGCGAAAAAAUAUUUAUCAACAAAGUUUGUUAAAAUAGAAGUAUCUAAUUGUCCGUUUUUGGUUUCAAAGCUUAAUAUCAAAGUGCUUCCCUUAGUAGUUGGUUAUAGAAAUGGGUUGGAAAGUACGAAAUUGAUUGGAUUUAGUCAAUUGGGGAACGAUAGUAAAGGGUUUCCUCUAUCCAGGUUAGAGAAUAUCUUGAUAUCGUCCAAGUUGAUAAAAUUAUUUUCUCAAACUGAAAGAAAACCCAAUAGAGAUGAUGAGGAUAGCGACCUUGAUAUAUAA